CGGCGAGCCUCUCUAGUUAUUUCAAGUUGUUAAUUGUGCAAAUCGGAAAAAGAACGGACUUCACCAUUGGAGGAACAUAAGCACUAUGGGACAAGCGGAGACUUGUGAAAACAACGUCAACGACCGUCAAAAAGAGUACCAUUACCCUCCAUUGCCCCGGGGAUGUAUUCGCCUACUACGCUUACUGCCUAGCAAGGAUAGCAACUCCCGUAUACAAGGCCGCCUAUUCAACUAUCCCCUAGAGCAGUUGGCAGACAAAACGCACAUUUACGAAGCUUUAUCCUAUGUCUGGGGUAACCUGACUAGCCGUCGGUUAAUCUUAUUAGAGGACUGCAAAUUGCCCGUUACUGCAAAUCUUUACACAGCUCUGUUAUCUCUUCGUGACGAGUACAUCGAGCGAAUCAUCUGGAUCGAUGCGAUUUGCAUAAAUCAGAAGGAUCUCAAAGAGAGAGGAGAACAGGUCCUUCAGGAGGUUGCUGCCGCACGACAGAUCUUGAUAAAGUGCGGACUUACAGAGCUGGACGGGUAUGUAUUCUCCACCGGCCUUACAUCCAAAUCGUUCGAAUACCUCUAUAAAGAUUUCCCCGAUUUGCAUGCCGUGGUCCGCCCUGUGACGUUCCUCAUGAGAGAGUCAUUAUUUCGGCCGAGAGUGGCAGAGAGCACUUCCAGCGAACUAUCAUUGAAAAUACGCCCUCUAGGUGAACUACUUGAGAUGUAUCACACCCGGAAAGCCACUAAGCAACAUGAUAGGCUGUUUGCCCUGCUGGGCAUGUCCUCUGACGACUCCAUCCCGACUGGUUUACUGCCUGACUAUAGUAUACCAUGGACACGGCUUUUUGAGCGGCUUAUUCGAUUUUUGCUAGGGGGUGAUGUGUCCAUCAGCCUUUGGGACCCACCUGAGCGAGCUGUAAUAAGUGGCCAGGGCUAUAUACUUGGCAAAGUACUGUCAGUGAGAAGAAACCCCCACGAUGAUGGGCAGGAGGCGGGCUUUGCUACAAGAGAUACAGAUGGAACCUUUGGGCCCGAAAUACAAUGGCACCUACCAGCUCUAGCAAAGCCUGUCCAAGUAGGGGAUCUGAUUUGUCAGUUAUCUGGAGCGGCGAAGCCUACAAUAAUUCGGCUUUGCCAUUAUCACUUUUCCAUAAUAAUGAUUGCAGCGCCUCUGGAACUCAGGUGGUCGAAAGACAAUGUUUUGUUGGACUUGUCCCUUUCCUGGGACUGGCAGGCUCCCCAAAGAGAACUGUCUGAUCAGGAGGUUGACCGAAGGUCCUUGAACAGUAGAUUAUCUUGGUACUCAUGUGACCCUAAUGCGCGUUGUUCGGAUGAAGCAGAUAUAUUGUGGCGCAUCGCUAUAAUAUUGGAGGAAGCAGAGGAGUAUGGAAUUGCAGCAGACAAAUUCCAACAAGCCCUGUCACGGUAUGAAGAAACCUUUGGCACGAAGCAUCCGCAUACGGUGGCCUGCGUGGAUCGGCUCGCAUUGGUAUACAAGAAAUUGGGGUUAUUAUAUGUAAGAGAGUCAUAUACAGUCCCUGCAGAGCUACAUGGAUUACAUUGUUCCGAGAUCCUUUACCUCAAGGAUUGGACUUUCAGGCUCAAGUUCAAGCAAGGAGGAGCUAUCUGUUACGGAACCGCAUUCAGUAUCAAUGUCCCUGGUGUUAAGAGAGCUGUUUUGGUCACUGCAAGAUGUAAUCUCAUGGAUGAGAACGGCUGGCCAUCGCAGUAUUUAGUGAUUCAAGACAAAUAUGGUCUGGAUAUCUCAAUACACAUUGAGGAUGUAGAGGUAUUUCCCUCUGCGAGCGGGCCAAAAUGUGCGAGCGAUGCCGGCGUGUAUUCAGGCUAUGGAGCACUUCUAGUUGAUAUGGAGCCCGGGUGGUAUCUUCGCGGUGGUUAUGGUUUUGCCUUAGAUUUGGGUCAGGCUAACUUGCAAGGUGACGGCCUAGGCGUUUGCGGUUACCCAAAACUGGGAAUACUUUCUAGAAGUACCGGGUGGUGCCUUAGUUGUCAGGAUGGCCGCAUGACAUACAGCACCACAGCAAUGUCAGGGAUGAGCGGAUCGCCUGUAUUCUUGUCGCAUAAUGGACAUGCUACUGCCGUCGGCAUUCAUAUCGACUCAUGUGACAUGGGCGGAUGGUGCAUGCGCCUUACUGUCGAGGUCCCACCGACUAUGUUUGAUAUUCUUCCCUUGUAUGCGCCAAGCGGAACCGGUUGCAGUGCGCUCUAUGUGUUUCGCUUUCGAGCACCUCCAACGUGGCCACGUCCAAGCCAUAAAUGGGUGCAAUGGGAUAUUGCAACGGAUACUGUCAGUCGGGCAAGCUCUCUGCAAGAGCCCUGUUCAGUGAAGCUCACUUAUUUCACUCUUGAAUCGGGACCUGCGAACUAG